GAGGUCAGGUAAGAUUUAAUUGGUUUUCUUUCCUUAAUAUGUGGGUAAGUGCAUAUGCGCUCCUUUGUUUUUGCCGUUGGAGUUGCUGCUUGUUUAUCAUACAGUUAUCACACAUCAUAACACCCCUGUAAAUUUAGAAGUUCAGAUAGUCACCUUGUAAAUUUAGGCUUCAUAACAGGUAUGUUUCUUGUAAGGGUUAGAAAGAAUACUUAGAAUACAGGGGGAAUGGAGAGUUGACUGACCUCUGAGUGGCAGCUGAGGAAAUCAUACAUGAAGGUUUGAUGUUGGAAAAUAACAUGUUCGUAGGCAGUUUAUAAGUUUUUAUUUGUUUGCUCAGUGUGUAACCCUAGGUGUCUCAUGCAGUUGUAGCUGCUGUAAUAUUUGUAACGCUGUAUUCCUGAAAACAUAUAAUAUCAGUGGAGGGGCAUCCAAGAUAGUGGGUCAUAAUAUAAAGGGAUGGUUGUAUGAUAGUAUACUAAGAGAGCAAUAUGGUGCUGUGUAAAAUUGUAAUAUAUCAGAGUCAUAGCUGUCAAGUCUCCCGUCCGGGAAACUACCGUAUUUUACCCCUCUUUCCCGCCGUCCUCCCGUAUUAGUAUUCUCUUUCUUUGAAUUCUGUCACUAGCCUCGCGAGAACUGCCACCUGCAGUAACCUGGGUGGCAGUUGUCGCAAGAUUAAUGCCAACGCCGGGAACAAACCUGGAACAACAGAGGAGAGAGAUGGAUAGAUGUGACGAACGGGAAGGCAUUCCUGACAGAAAAAGAAAGACAUCGACACAGUCACGCGUUCUGUAAGAUUUGUAACUGCGAUUUUAGUGUCUCCCAUGGGGGAAGGAACGACAUCAGUCAGCAUGAAAAAUCGACCAAGCACAAGCGCUGGCUAGAGGCACAGAAACAUGCCCAGGCAAUGACAACAUUUGUGACUAGAAAUACCACCGAGGCAGACCAGGUCAUAAAUGCGGAGGUUAAAAUGGCAAUGCUGUGUGCCAAAAACAAUGUUGCUUUCAACUUCUGUGAUGACUUCAAUAAGUGUGUAGCUGAAAUGUUCCCGGACUCUGCUAUCGCACGGAAAUUCUCGGCGGGAAAAACCAAGGCUACCCAACUCAUCAAAGGUGCCAUAGCAACAGAGCUAGAUGACGAGUUGGCCAAAACAUGCCGAUUUCAGCCAUUUUCUGUGAUGUGCGACGAAUCGAACAACAGAAAAGCAAAUAAAGAAUUUGUCAUCCUAACUAGACUCUACAAUGAGGCCACUCUGCAGGUCGUUACAAGAUUCAUGGAGAUGUCUGUAUGCAACGUGGGAAAUGCAGAAAAUCUGUAUGAAAAACUGAGUGAAGCACUAAGAAAAAGAGGCAUCCCAGGGGAGAACCUGAUAGCCUUUAACUCUGAUAAUGCGAGCGUCAUGAAAGGCAGACACAACUCUGUUAUCAGCAGACUGAAACAGAACCAGCCCCACGUCCAGGACCUCAGCUGCAUCUGCCACCUGGCACAGCUGGCCACUGGCUGUGGCAUCAGAGCAGCCCAGGUACCGGUGGAAGACAUCCUGGUGGGGAUAUACACCCACUUUGAUAAAAGUGCAAAAAGAUGUGAAAUCUACAAAAGGUUUGUAGAUUUCACUGAUUCAGACCACCUGGAGCUCCUCGGGUACUGCAGCACCAGAUGGCUGAGUCUGCUAACCUGCAUCCAGAGAGUGUUGAACCAGUGGGAUGCACUGCAGGCCUACUUUAACAGUCAUGAGGAGGUGGAGAGGAGUGCCAAAGUGUGCGAUCUAGCAAGCCACGUGCAUGAUCCAAUCGUGAAGGCUUACUUCAUGUACCUGAGUGCCCUUAAGCCUUUAUAUGAAUUUAAUAUUGUCUUCCAGUCAGAGGCCGUGCAGAUUCACAGACUUGAAGAGGAGAUCUGCAGGCUGAUCAAGAGGAUCCUGGGGUUCCUCAUACCAGCCAGGGCCAUCAUGGGUGUACCUCUCAAGGAGGUGGAGUAUGGAGAAGGACAUCAGUUGGCUGACGAAGAGCUCUUUAUAGGAGCAGAAACAAAGGCAUUCAUGGCAAGGAAAGAGCUCCCUGUGUCAGCGGAGAAGAAAAUCUUUCAAUCUGUGAGAAGAUUCUAUGAAGCAGUGCUUCAGAAGAUGUUCUCCUCUUUUCCUCUUGACCAUCCACUCCUGAAGGACAUGAAAGUGCUGGACCCUGCUGCUCGCCUUGACAUUACUCCAGGGACAGUGGCAAGGCUAGGGGCCCUUUUCCCUCAGUUGAGCUUGAGUGAGGAUAGGCUGAGAGAGGAACUCAUUGACUACCAGGUGACAGAUAGCAAGCAUCUCCCUCAAGAAGACAAAACUGACAGAUUCUGGGGACUGGUAGGGAAAGAUGUGAGGUUCAGUGAGCUGCCAAGAUUAAUGAAGGCUUUACUAUGCAUUCCCCACAGCAAUGCCAGUUCUGAAAGAGUGUUCAGUAUGGUAAGAAAUAUUGUUACAGAGAAUAGGAUGUCAUUAGACAACAGCACGGUUUGUGCUUUACUGUCAUGUAAAAUCAACCACUCUGGCCCAGGCCACAAAUACACUCCAUCCAAACGAGUCUUAAAGGAUGCAAAGUCUGUAACAAAUCUGGAUAAUAAGUCUUUAGUGAAUGCCAGAGAGCCACCUGAGUGAACAUGAGAAAUUAAAAAAAAAUGUGUAAUAAAAAUAAAAUGUAAAUGUUUAA